AUGGCCCUGGCCUGCAAUCCCCGAGAGGCACUGCCCUGGACCCUGAGUGACCUUGAAGAGAAAAGCUUCAAGCUAUUCAAGUUCCACUUACGGGACAGAAGCCUGCUUGAGGGGCAGCCGCAGGUGGCUCGGGGGGAGCUGGAGGGCCUGAGCCAGGUAGACCUGGCUUCUUUGAUGAUUUCACUGUAUGGUGCACAGGGGGCCGUGAAGGUGGUGUUCAGGGUCCUGAGGGUCAUGAACCAGUUGGAACUAGCGGACCAGCUCAGCCACAUCUGUCUGAAUGAUUACAGAGAAAUAUACUGAGAGCAUGUGCGCUGCCUGGAAGAGAGGCAAGAGAUGGGAACCUGCAGCAGCCACAACCAGCUGCUCCUGGUGGCCACGCCCCGCCCAGAGAGCCCAGAAUCAUCUGCCUGCCCCAGCCCGGAGCAAGAGCUGGACUCUGUCUCAGUAGGUGCUCUGUUUAAUCCAGAAGAAAAGUCUUACCAUGCCCCGCCCACAGUAGUACUAGAGGGGUCUGCUGGCACUGGAAAAACAACACUGGCCAGAAAAAUGGUGCUGGACUGGGCUACGGGCAUCCUCUACCCAGGCCAGUUUGAUUAUGUCUUUUAUGUCAGCUGCAGAGAGGUGGUCCUGUUGCAGGAGGGCACACUGGACCAGAUCCUCUUCUGGUGUUGUGGGGACAACCAAGCGCCUGUGGCGGAGAUAUCGAGGGAGCCAGAGCGGCUGCUGUUCAUCCUGGACGGCUUUGAUGAGCUGCAGAGGCCCUUUGCAAAGGACUUGAAGACGCCGAGUCCGGGCCUCAUGCAGAAAAAGCUGCACUGUCUAAUUAAGAGAGAGGUGCUUUCCACAUCUUCGCUUCUUAUCACCACCCGGCCCCAGGGUUUGUUCAAUCUGAGGCCAUUGCUGAAACAGUCGCAUCAUGUUCACAUCCUAGGCUUCUCUGAGGAUGAGAGGAUGAGGUAUUUCAGCUCCUAUUUCACAGACGAGGAGCAAGCCAGAAAAGCCUUUGCCAUUGUACUAGAGAACGAAGUUCUCUACAAAUCAUGUCAGAUUCCAGGAAUUUGCUGGGUGGUCUGCUCCUGGUUGAAGGGGCAGAUGGAGAGGAGCAGAGAGAUCUCAGAGACUCCCAGUAAUAGCACCGACAUCUUCAUGGCCUAUGUCUCCACCUUUCUGCCUCCCAGUGACAACGGAGGUGGCUCUGAGCUUACCCGGCACAGGGUCCUGAGGGGUCUGUGCUCCUUAGCAGCUAAGGGGAUCCAGCACCAGAGGUUCAUGUUUGAAGAAGCUGACCUCAGGAAGUACAAUCUAGAUGGGACCAGCCUUGGUGCUUUCUUGACCAGCAUGGAUUACCAAGAGGGAUUUGACAUCAAGAAGUUCUAUACCUUCUGCCACAUUAGCUUCCAAGAAUUUUUUCAUGCCAUGUCCUACCUGGUGAAAGAGGACCAGAGUGAGCUGGGGAAAGAGUCCCGUAGAGAAGUGAACAGGCUUCUGAAUGAAGAGGGGCAGGCAGGGAAUGAGGAGAUGACCCUCAGUGUGUGGUUUUUAUUGGACAUAUUGAAAAAAGAGACAUCGUCGAACUUUGAGCUAAAGUUCUCCCUGAAAAUUUCUCCCUUGGUAAAGCAGGAUCUGAAGCAUUUUAAAGAACAAAUGGAAUCUAUAAGGUGUAACAGGACCUGGGAUUUGGAAUUAUCUCUGUAUAAGUCUAAAAUAAAGAAUCUGGUAAAGGGCGUUCAGAUGAGCAAUGUAUCAUUUAAGAUGGAACAUACAAAUGAAAAGAAGUCCCAUGGCAAGAAACCAUUUUCUCUCAAAACCAGCUUGUGUAGUGGUAAGAAAGAAAAGCAAAAAUGUCCUGUGGUGGGCAAAGAUGAUAUAGCAAAGACUCAAAAGGAGGCUUCUAAUGGAAAAGGUAGAGAGGCAGAGGAAUGA